UUACGUAUAUGCAAAAGACAACGGCAGACUAAAGAAAUAUGAGGUUGAUCCGAGAUAGUAAAUAUCUGAGACUCCGCCCAGUAUUAUAAUCACCUCAUACGAGGAAGAGAAUCGCAGUUUCAGUUUUUUCACUCUUGGAAAUGAUUCGAUGAUGAAUUCCAGCUCGGCAGAAAAUUGAUUAAAACCAGAACAAUCAAGAAUUAAUGGCAUUCCAAAUACAAUGGGAAACAGUUUCAGUUCCAGUUCCAACUAUAAAGCCUAGAACAACAGACCCCUUAAUAAAAUGCAUCAUUGACAACAACCUGAAGAAGUUAAAGAAACUGCUCCGAGGGCACAAUAUUAAUGGACGCUAUGCUUCUGAAACCUGGAAUGAUGAUGUCACUCUACUGACUGCUGCAGUCGCGUGUAGAAAUGAAGAGAUUUGCAACUUUCUCUUAGGAGAGCAGGCUGACCCCAAUAUAAACUCAACAAACGGACUAACACCUCUACACUAUGCUGCUUAUACACCUGGAGUUCCACUCAGUAUAGUGAGAAGAUUACUGGCAGCAAAGGCCAAUCCAAAUGGUAAUCAGCUACCGAUUAUUUCACCAUUGCAAUUUGCUGCCAGUAACAACAGAGAGGACAUUGUAAAAGCACUCAUAGAAGCUGGGGCGUCUGCUGAAAGAAAUUUUGGAGCUAACCCAGACAUUGAUAAGAAAGUGGAGAACAUUAUUCAUCAGUUGCCUUCAGGGAAUGAAGUUCUUAAGAAAUGCAGAAUCUUUUUUGAUUUCACUUCUGCAGUUCUCAAAAAAUCCCAGUUAGAAGUUUUUCUCCUCUAUAAGGAACAUUUUCUUGAGGAACAUCCUUUUACCCAUGUUACACUGUUUGAAACAUACUUUACGGUUGUGGGUCACGGUGCUGAACAAUAUCGACAAAGCAGCAUAGGGUGGUUGAAGGAUUCCAGUAACAGAGACCUUUACAUCAAGGGCUUCAUCAGUCGCUUUCCCAGAGUACCUCAUGAACAACAAAUGCUUGCACUGAACACUUUCCAGGCUGUAAUUUGCAUGAUGAAAGAAAUAUCUCCACUUGUCUUCAAUGAGAUUGUACCCAUUCUAAUAGAAAGUGCAAAGCCUACUGGCCCUCAGGGAGAACCAUUAAUUCAGUUAAUACUAAACAUUCUGUGUGUGAUUAUGGAGAAGUCCUCAAAACACAAAGUUGGUGUUGAUGAUCUGAACAUUUCUGUUCUUAAGAACGUAUGCAGUAGACUUAUGGCUUUCAUCAGUCCUAACUACUCAGUCAGUGUAAGUAUUCUUACUUACCGCUUGUUUGCUGAUCUUUAUGUGUUCAUCCCAGAACAUAUUUAUUCAUGUGGAAUACACUCAGUGCCUGAUAGAAUACUUGAUGCUGCAGAGAUACGGAUGGAUGAUGUUAAAGACAAGCUGCAAAAACUAGACACAAAUCUCAGACAUCCACAAUGUUCAAGUGCCUUAGAUAAUGUAUGUGAAGGAGAAGAAAGCACCUUGUCAAAGAACAAGAAAAAGAAGAUGAAGAAAAAGAAGAAGAAAAAAGAAUCCCACCAAGAAGAGGGACAAGAAACAAAACAAUGUGCAGAGUCAGAUGCUGCCAGAACGUCAGUUGAGGAGUCAAAUCCCACUGUACAGCCUUUCAAUCUGUCCAAAGAGAAUUCAGCAUUACCAAGAAAAUGGUACCAAAUCAGCCAACGUUGGAGGCCAAAACUGGAGAAACUUGCGAACAUUGAUGCAAGUAAGGUUUAUAAACUGGGCAAUCUUACAAUUGGUGUUGACCCAGAAUUCCAGAUAGCUAAAGGAAGUGAUGGAACAGAGGUUUUUCUGGGCCUGAGGGAUGAUGGUACUGAAGUAGCUGUCAAACGAAUGCUCAAAUCCAAUUAUCAAUACCUCAAAAAUGAGGAAGAAUUUUUACGGCUUCCAGAACUUGACCACCCUUUUAUUGUACGAUAUGUGGACUUUGCCAAGGAUGAAUACUUUGUAUAUCUUGUCCUUCAGCUUUGUGAAUACACACUGGAAGAAUACAUCCAAAAACACUUGCCCGAAGACAGUUCUGAUCAGGAAUCUGUGCUGAAGAAAAUUGCAAAAGAGGUGCUGUGCAGCCUUAAAGUUCUUCACAGUGAAGACAUCAAAGUACUCCAUCGAGACAUCAAACCCCAGAAUGUUCUGAUUGAUAUAACAGGAAAGGCACGGUUAGCUGAUUUCGGCAUUAGCCGGAGACUGAAUUUAGGACAGACAACUUUGCAAACUAUACCUGCUGGAACAAAGUACUGGAAAGCCAAAGAGACUAUGAAAGGGGAUGAUGAGUAUGUGUACAAAAGGAGUUCUGACAUUCAGGUUGCAGGAAUGUUAGUGUAUUACAUCCUUUCCAAGGGACACCAUCCAUUUGGGGAAGGAGUCUUUUGUGAGAGUAACAUAUUCAGUGCAAAGUAUUCACUGGAACAUCUGACGGAUGAUAUGGCAAAGGAUCUAGUGGAGUGGAUGAUUAAGGACAAUCUGAGGGAGAGACCUAAAGUAGAAGAGACCCUUGCUCAUCCCUUCUUCUGGACAGAUGAAAAGAAAUUGGAGUAUCUAAAAAAACUGGGGAAUGUAAAGGAGGUGCAGAACUAUCGCACUGCAGACAAGGAGCUUCUUCAUGCUUCAGAGGAUCUUACAGUGGGGAAAACCUUCUCAGGUUGGAAAGCAAAAUUUCCUGCUGAGGUUGUACAGAAACUGGAUGGGAAGAAAAAUGCCUACACAGAGGACACACUUGGUCUGCUGAGAUUUAUACGGAAUCUACAUGAGCACUACCCCGAAGAUGCAGAAAAAAUAAACACUAUGACCUUGUUUCCUGACCUUUUUGGAAACGCUUUCAAGUUUGCCAAAGACAGAGGAUGGAACACCAGACCAAGUUUAAGAAAGUGGCUCAAGGCUGUACCUGUGAUUUGAUGACACAUAAGGGUAAUUUAAAGAAGGAGGAACAUAAACAGUGUGGCAGGGAAUAGUGUAAUGUUUCUGUGCAUACUGCAUUAAUUACUUUUUAAAACAGAUGAAAAAAUUAAUUGGAAAUAUACACUGCCUGGCCAAAAAAAAAGGUCACACGCUAAUAUUUUGUUGGACCACUUUAGCAUUGAAAUGAAUAAGCAUUGUUUCGAUAGGCUUUAGCAAUGUCACAAGAUUUAUUUAAAUCCAGUGUUGCAUUAAUUUUUCACCAAGAGCUUGCAGCAUUGAUGAUGGUAGAGUCUGACCUCUGCACAAAGCCUUCUCCAGCACAUCCCAAAGAUUCUCAGUGAGGUUAAGGUCUGGACUUUGUGGUGAACUCUCAAUCCAUGUGUGAAAAUGAUGAUCUCAUGCUCCCUGAAUCACUCUUUCACAAUUCCAGCUCCAUGAAUCCUAACAUUGUCAUCUUGGAAUAUGGCCGUGCCAUCAGGGAAGAAAAAAAUCCAUUGAUGGAAUAACCUGGUCUAUAUUCAGUAUAUUCAGGUAGUCAGCUGACCUCAUUCUUUCAGUACAUACUGUUGCUGAAACUAGACCUGACCAACUGCAGCAACCCCACAUCAUUUGCAUAGUUAAACCCGGUCGGCGACUUUUGUUUCGGUCCAGACAGUGUAUAUUUACACUCAAUGGCAAAAAUACAAUAUAUUUAGGGUGUGUUCUUUUGUUUUGUAUUCCAAUGAGUGUAUUUUGCAUUAUUUUAUACAUUACUGAUUAUUUGCUUAAAUUUCAUUUUUGACACAGUAAAGAAUCAUAUUUACUAACAUGUUUUAUAUUAUAUUUUAACUUUUAUAGUUACUGAUGUAUUUCUGCACUUCCUGGUACAUUUAAUUUUUUUUAAACUUAAAAGUAAGAUGUAUUGCCUAAUUAGAAACACUUAAAUAAUCAGUAGGACCAGUUUUAAAUUGUUAGGGUAUUCUUUUUAAAUGGUGUCAGAAUAAUGUUUUGGACGGAGUAAUAGAAUCACAAUCUUAAGGAAAAAUUGAAAUAAAAGGCUUUAUCAUCAUGGCCAUUUCCAUUUAAGGGAUCAGGUGAUCGUAGAGUCUGACCGCUGCACAAAGCCUUCUCCAGCACAUCCCAAAGAUUCUUAAUGAGGUUGACUGUGCCAUUAGGGAAGAAAAAAUCCAUUGAUGGAAUAACCUGGUCUACAUUCAGUAUAUUCAGGUAGUCAGCUGACCUCAUUCUUUCAGCACAUACUGUUGCUGAACCUAGACCUGACCAACUGCAGCAUCAACCCCACAUCAUUUACUUACUUAAAUCCAGGUGGCGAUUUUUUUUUUGGCCAGGCAGUGUAUAUUUACACUCAAUGGCAAAAAUACGGUUGCAUGCGUGGAGGCAUACAGGUUCCAUAUGGCAUACUGCAACAUAUUUACCCACAAAUGUUGCUGCUGGGCCUAUAGAUCCCAAAGCAGUUUUAAGCUGAGGUUAAAUAUACCGAAAAUCUAUCAUAGAUGAGUGUGUAUAUAACCUGAGUGCGAUACACAGUCGUCUCUCAAGCAUUUACAGCAGGUAGUGUUUGUUCUUCUGACGGCGACACACUUAUCAAUGAUUGUUUAUUGGUAUAUCUUAGCUCAGCUGAAUUGCAUGUGCGGAUUAAAGUCCAGCCCGGAGAGGUAGCCAUCUGGCAGCCUUUUUUUAUUCACGGAACAUAUGCAAUGAAAUGUUAUGGACAAUCUAAGGUGUAUUGUUUUGGUUUGUUUUUGUGUGUAUUUUGUAAUCAUUUACACAUUACUGCUUAUUUGCUUAAAUUUCAGUUUUGACACAGUGUAAAGUAUCAUAUUUACUUACAUGUUUUAUAUUAUACUUUAACUUUUAUAGUUACUAAUGUAUUUCUGCACUUCCUGGUACAUUUUCAUUUCUUUAAACUUAAAAGUAAGAUGGAUUGCCUUAAUUAGAGACACUUUAAUAUUAGGCAGGACCAGUUUUAGUUGUUAGGGUAUUCUUUCUAAAUGGUGUCAGGAUAAUGUUUUGGACAGAGUAAUUCAAUCACAAUUUUAGGGAGAAAUUGAAUUAAAUGGCUUUUUUAUUGUGGUCAUAUCCAUUUAAUGGACCAGAUCCCAUAUGGUAUGAAGCACCGUAAUGCCAAAAUAAACCCUAAUUAAUGAAAUGCACUGGUGGUGGUUCUGCCGUAUGAAAGCAUUGCUGUCAGAAAUUAUACUUAAUAUUCAUGUGGCUUUUUAUAUUCUCUGUAUUUCAUUGAAAAAAUAUUCUCGUUUGGACUAAGCAACAUUACAUUACAUUUAGCGGCUUUUAUCCAAAGCAACUUACAAAUAUUGAUGUACAUUUAGCAAUAAUAGAGGACAUAGAAUUUCAAAACAUAAAGUAGAAGUUGUUUUUCAAACAUUUUGAAUGCCCCUGUUCAUUGUGGUUUGCAAAGUUAACAAAUUCUCCACAGGAAACAAUCUUAAAUAUAGCAUUUUAUAAAUUGUAAAAAUAUAUUUUCUAGAGUUGCUGGAUUUACUAUAUUGGAAAAAUAAAUAAUGUUGCACAUGCCACAACUUUUUGUACAUGAUACUUUUUUGUACUA